CUGCCCCCUCACAGCGCGGCCAUGAAGGCGACGCCGCUCUCCAACUGCGAGCGGCGCUUCCUCCUGCGCGCCAUCCAGGAGAAGAAGCGCCUGGACGGGAGGCAAUGCUACGACUACCGGAACAUCCGCGUCUCCUUCGGCGCCGACCGCGGCUGCUGCAUCGUGGAGCUGGGCAGGACCAGGGUUCUUGCACAGGUCUCGUGUGAACUCGUUCCCCCUAAGCCAAACCGGCCCACGGAAGGUGUGCUCUUCUUUAAUCUGGAGCUCUCACCCAUGGCUGCACCUGGGCUGGAGCCUGGCAGACAAUCCGAGUUACUGGUGUCACUGAACAGACUACUGGAACGGUGCCUCAGAGAUUCCAAAUGCAUUGACACUGAAUCUCUCUGCGUUGUUGCUGGUGAAAAGGUUUGGCAAAUUCGGCUGGACAUGCACCUGUUAAACCACGAUGGCAACAUCACUGAUGCUGCCAGCAUAGCAGGGAUUGUAGCUCUGUGUCACUUCCGCAGGCCAGAUGUGUCUGUGCAAGGAGAGGAAGUAACCGUGUACACUCCUGAGGAACGUGAUCCUGUCCCCUUGAGUAUCCACCACAUGCCCAUUUGUGUCAGUUUUGCCUUCUUCCAUCAAGGGACCUAUUUGUUGGUGGAUCCAACGGAACGUGAGGAGCGGGUGAUGGAUGGGCUCCUUGUAAUUGCCAUGAAUAAACACCAUGAAAUUUGUACCAUCCAGUCCAGUGGAGUGGUCAUGCUGCUGCAGGAUCAGAUUCUGAGAUGCAGUAAAAUAACAGCUGUUAAGGUGGGAGAAAUAACAGAACUGAUUCAGAAAGCCUUGGAAAACGACCAAAAAGCCAGGAAAGAAGGCGGGAAGUUCGGCUUUGCGGAAUCCAUCCCCAACCAAAGGAUCACUGCCUUCAAAAUGGAGAGUGCUGCUGUGGACACCAACGACGUGGAAGAACAGGCUGGAGAAAUCAUUGCUAAAGCUGACCCUCCUUCAGAAGUUUUUGCCAAUCCAGUAUUGCACACUCCUGGUACAGCCCAAAUUGGGGAAGGAAUAGAGAGCUCCUGGGGAGACCUUGAAGAAUCUGAAAAGGAAGAAGCAGCGGAAGAGGAAGAUGAAAGUGAGGCAGCUGCUUUUGAAUGUGAGAAAGUAGAAACUGAGGGUACAAGUACACUGAGGGAAACUAAGAGUGAUGAACCUGUUGUGCUGUCUGACAGCGAAGAGGAAGAAGUUGUCAUUCUUGAACCACAGGAACUACCAAGGAAAACAAGAACACAGACCAGCUCCAAACAAGAAAAUCCAAGUAAGAAAGCAUUUAACAAAAGGAGAAGAAAGAAGAGAACUCAUUAAAGCCAUCAUCCCUUCCUGCAGGAAUGCUGUAUAAUAUGGAUUUUGGUGUACUAUUACUGAGCUUAUUUUUGUAGAUAAUUUUAUUUCCUCCCCUCCCAAUAUCCGCUUCUGCUUUUACGUAUAUGUUGAAACGAUUGUACACAGAUUUAAAUUAAAAAAUGGUGCCUGUAAAUGAAAUCCUAUGUUUGGCAUCCAGCUGCAGCAAAAACUCACCUAGUUCAGCUUUCUUCACAGGGGAAAAAUCAACAUGCUGUGAUUAAAACCUUCUUUGCCCUGUUACUCCACACCUUAGCCAGUACUCAAACCGCUUUGUGUCAAAGUCACCAGGAAUGGAUGGAUUUAAACAAACCAGCACAGAACUUCAGCAGUGGAGUUUCUUAAAAAGUUUAAUUAAAUAUUACAUGCAACAGACAGGAAUGCUUCUUGAACUAUAGGCGAAGAGUUAUGCUCUGAAUUUAGGAUCAGGCAAAACAGAGAGACGAGGAAGAUUCCAAAAUACCCGAUGAUCUGGGUGCUUUGUUUGCAAACAGGUGACACUGGAAACACACACAUAUUUACAGAGUGAAGCAGGGCUAUUUUACAGGUGACCUCAGUGUUACAUGAGCUGUGAACAGAAGUUACUGUUGCAGACUGUACCUUCUCCAAAUCAGGUUAAGAGCUUCAUGUAAAAAAGACCAAAACUACAUAUAUAUAUAUAUAAGGAGUUGCUCCCAGCCAGGCAAAGCUUGAAUCAAGUUGUGCUCUUUCAGGAACGGACCAACACACAAAACCUCUUCUCCAGGAGCUAAACCAGUGCAGUGUCAGUUCUUCCGAAAAACCCAAAGUCACUGUCCUGAGUACAAAAAUGGGUGAAGAUGGGGUUCCUUCUUAGUCCUGUAGUACCACAAGACUGUUAACUUCUUCAGAAAAAUUAACAGUAUUUUUUGCACUGCUGUUUAUCUCUUCUUCACACCUAACAUCCCUAUAUUCCCUAGAGCCUUUCGUUGGAAAGGAUUAGAAGGUAACCUGGAUAGGCUUAACAGUAGUACAGUACAACCUGGGAUAUUUUGUUCAAAGCUUAGAAGCAAAAGCUGGAAUUGUCCCAUAUUAACUGUGGAAAAUGAGAAGGUGGAAAAAGAUAGCACUUAAUGGCAGAAGCAAGGGCUGCCCUGAGGAAGGAGGAAUGUUGUCAUGCUGGGCAGAGAUGCCAGUGCCUGACUGGAGAUUUUUUGUUAGGCUGCAGAGGAAGUAGUGUUGAUAAGGGUCAAGGUAAAGCUCAGGGAGAGUGGAAGAAUUUUUCUCUGUGCUAUGGGAACAGUAAGGGAAGAAGUUCCAUUGGAGCUCGAGCACAGCUCUUUGAUUAAGCACUGAAUUAAUACCAAAACUCACUGAAGUCUUUUCACUUAAGUACUGCUACUUGCUCUUUUUCUGGAGGCAAUAAUUCAUAGGCUUCCUUUAAAUUGCCUCUCCAAUGUUUAUAUUUCUCUGUUCUUGGAAUACACCACAGAAAGGAAGGCAGAACCCAGUUUCCCAGGAAGAGCACUGCAGCCUGUUAUCUUCAAGAAAUUGCUGCCAGUCAGCCUUGCCAGUUACCCUUCCAAGGUCACAGACAGUGAAAAACACAUUCCUCCCUGUAUAAACUCCUUCUCCUGCAAGGUUAAAGUGUUUCCAACCCCAAGCACCAGACAUGAUACACAGCACAGGCUGUCCCCAAACCAUUUUGGCAUUUCAGUAAACCCACUGAAAUUAAUUUAAAUGAAGGCUGUUGGCCAAUGAAAUGUGGCUCUUCAUUAACCAUUAGAACACGCAUAAAAGUCCAAGUGCAUCCCAAGAAGCUCAGACUGGCCAAAAAGGCUACUCCUGCUGCAUAUUUUGACCAGAUUUUUGACCACGAAGUUGACUCGAGGUGGUUCAGGGAAGGCUCAAGGCAGGAGCACAAGGGUGGGGCAGAGCAGUAACUUUGUAGUUUGCUGAGGUGAAAUACAGAGUUCUUUCUCAUUGAGGCCUGCUGCUCAUCCUGACAGAGAGAUGACGACUCAAAAAAAAAAAA